UUGAUACUAACCAUGAGACAUAUGUCACAGUCAUAUCCAUAAUCCGUACUUAUCGACACAUCCCGAUUCCCCUUGCUUCACCAACAAACAUACCGCGUGGUUUUUAUCUUGAUUAUCCUCUGAAACAUCGAAUCAAGCUGCACGUAUCUGUACGGCAUCCGCCGUUAUGUUUAUGCUGAAAGAUGAGCAGGGAAACUGAUCAGAGCUGUGAGCUGGCGUUUGCUGUGGAUUUGUACAAAGCUGCGGCUGAUACUGUGUCAUCUACGUCCAAUCUGAUCAUUUCCCCAUAUUCAGUGGAAAGUGUUUUGGCUUGUCUGUUACUGGGUACCGAGGGCGAAAUUCAUGAGCGCCUGUGGCGACUGAUAUGCCCUAACGGUCGAUCCAUAAAGGAGCUGUGUGAGGAACUGUUCUCCCCGAAAGCCAACGGUUUUACUCAGGCCAACGCCGUGUUUUACGACCAGCGCGCGACACUGACCGCCGCCUACCGUGAUGCAUUGCAAAUCUAUGAGGACAUCCAAUUCGUCGGCGUACCCUUCGAAUCUGAUCCGCAACAAACUAUCGAAGCUGUUAACAACUUCCUACAAUGCCACUCGUCAUGGAAAAUUCAUGAUAUUCUGCCGCGCCUGCAGUUAGACCAGGUUCGGAAAAGCGAUCUAAUUCUGCUAUCGACGAUUGACUUUUCCGGAGAGUGGGACUUUCCGUUUGAUCCGGAUUCCGCUUGCCACCGAGAGUUCUAUUGGGCCGACGGCCGGGAACGCCUUAUACCUUUUCUAAAUUCGGAGAAGCACGACUUUCGCUCGUACAAUGUGGACGACGAGAACGCCGAGUUGACGCCCCUGGAUCCGAAGGUGUUGAUAUUGGACAUUAAGGGGAACCACUACAGUGUCAUGUUCUUGUUGCCGGAGGAGGGUCCGGACUGUUUGCGACAGCUGGAAAACCGUUUAUCGGGCGGUGAGCUGGUCGAAUGGCGGAAUAAGAGCAGCAUUUCCGAAAUUAUGGUAACGUUGCCGAAAUUCCGCAUUUCCACCACGACCGACUUGAUACCGUGUACGACAGCGUUGGGUCUCGCUGACAUGUACCGACCAUCCUGGAAUAUGUCGGGUAUGUUCGAAAAACCGGCGGAGACGAAGGUGGCUGACUUUGCGCAAAAUGCCAUGUUUGAUGUCGAUGAAUACGGAAUCAAGGCAGCAACUGUCACAAUUUUGCGAAGCGUUUACACGUGCAACUAUAUUCCGGCAUUCGAAGCCAAUCGGCCAUUUUUGCUGAUCAUCUGGGACAAUAAUGCUGAAUUUCCUCUGUUCAUGGGAAGGAUCGCUGAUCCCACUCCAACGUUGUAGAGUGCGUGUAAAGCGGUACAGUAGUUUUAUUUACGCAACUGAAUGUGUGGACGGCGUAAUACGUUUCAUCAUCAUGGAUGGCCAUGCGGCAAAUGCCUGACGUAUCAUGCACAGACAACUGUACAAGACAGGUGUUUAUUCCUUGCGAAAAGGUACAAGAAAUACCUAAACUAACGCGAUGCUGGCGCUUAGGAAGCAGCCAUUAAACACUGCUGCGACACUACAAAACUAUCACAAUGAGAAACAGAAAUUCAAUUCAGCAAUGCAUUUGUAUGAUAAACCUAUUCAUCUGAUAAAUUCUUUGCAUUUGAGAUAAAUAUUAAUGUACUUUUUAAUAUCUGACCAGGAAGUAACGGUCAAUAUCGUCAGCACACGGUGUAGUUCCAGACGGUGUUGUUGUGAAUUUGUGAUGAUUGCGCGUUAAUGACGCUCUGUAUAAUUAUGAAUUUUGUUAGAUUUCGCCAGAUUCCUGACACAAUAAAUUAUUACAGCUACUUGGUCGCACUGCAGGUGUCUUCGACACCAAUGGUUGUCUCGCAACGCAGUCCGAAUGCUUUACGCAGAUCAUGCAAAAACGAUAGCAAAAUACACGGGCACACAUAACGGGUCCAGAGGAAAAACGAACCAAAAAACUGCCACGACACGAUGGAAUCAGUGGAGAAUUCACCCGUGCUUUGAAGACCGCAGGUUUUCCGGCCAGAAUGGAGCCAAAAGGUCUGUCUGUGAAAGAUAAAAAACGGCCAGAUGUGAU